CAGGCACCGAGUCACCAGGCACGACAGUGGGCUCCGAGUCAACUGGCAUGACUGCUGGCACUGGGUCAGACAAUGGAUCGUCUGGCUGGACAGCGGGCAUCGGGUCACCAGGCAUCAGGUCAUUUGGCUCAACAGCGGGCACCGCGUCAUCUGGCAAGGCAGUGGGCUCCGAGUCAACUGGCAUGACCGCGGGCACUGGGUCAGACAUUGGAUCGUCUGGCUCGACAGCGGGCAUCGGGUCACCAGGUAUGACAGCGGGCACUGGGUCACCAGGCAUCAGGUCAUUUGGCUUGCCAGCGGGCACGGCAUCAUCUGGCAAGGCAGUGGGCACCAAGUCACCAGGCACGACAGUGGGCUCUGAGUCAAUUGGCACGACAGCGGGCACCGAGUCAUCAGGUACCGGAUUGUCUGGCUCAACAGCGGGCAUCGGGUCACCAGGCAUCAGGUCAUUUCGCUUGCCAGCGGGCACCGCGUCAUCUGGCAAGGCAGUGGGCACCGGGUCACCAGGCAUUGGAUCGUCUGGCUCGACAGCGGGCAUCGGGUCAACUGGCCUAAUAGGAUCAUCAGGCUGGAUCAGUUCAUCAGGCUGGGCAUCAGGCUGAAUGGAGGCAUCAGGCUGAGUAGAGGCAUCAG